CAAAACAAGCACGCGUGUCAAAGUGGUGUGUGGGCGGGCUGUGAUCGCGCUUUUGUUUCGCGACGCGAGCGCGUGGCAUCGUCUGCUACGAUGACCACCAUCACGGCGUCGGCACCGGGAAAAACCAUAAUUCACGGCGAACACGCCGUUGUCUACGGCAAGGCCGCAGUGGCGGCGAGCGUCAACUUGAGGACCCGCGUGACAUGCUGCGACCACGAUUCGUUCGUUGUCUUGGAGGCGCCGGACCUCGACUUCGUCGAAGCCUGGCCCGUCAGCAAGUUUGAAGCUUUUGCCGUUCCCGAAAGAACCUAUACGACCACUGUCAUCUUGUCCGGAAGCCUCGUGCCAGACAUUUGCAGCGCCUUCGAAAUUGACGCAAAGUCUUCCAAACCUAGAGACCAAGGAAAGCUGGCCUUCCUCUUUCUGGUCGUGGGUAUCACUUUACGGCACAACAAUGGGCGCUUUGGUCCACUCAAGUUCACCAUUAAUUCGAGGCUUCCGCUGGGAGCGGGUCUCGGAUCGUCGGCGUCUUACAGCACGGUCCUGGCGACGGUGCUUCUGGCAAAGUAUGGAGUUGUACAGUGCACCCUGUCCAGCAAGGACCGUGAGCUCAUCUGCUCUUGGGCCUUCCAGGCAGAAUGCAUCCUGCACGGUCAACCUUCAGGCAUCGACAACACCAUCUGCACCUACGGAGGUGCUGUUCUAUUUAAGGGUGGGAAAAUAAGUGAAUCUCUUGAGAGCAUUCCCAGCUACAAGGUGUUGCUGGUAAACACCCGAGUUCCCAGGAACACCAAGGCUUUAGUGGCAGGUGUCAAGAAGAGGCAUGAUCAGUUUCCAGAUGUUAUAAAGCCAGUCCUGGAAUCUAUUGAAGCAAUAUCUGAAACCUUCUGGAGGCUCCUAAAGACAGCACUCGAUGCGGCAGAGAACAUGUUUUCCAAAUCCUUGGAACUGGUGCAGAUGAACCAGUCCCUGCUGAACUGCCUAGGAGUUGGCCACCCACGACUGGACCGGGUUGCCGAGAUUGCCGCCCAACACGGUCUCGCUGCAAAGCUGACGGGGGCGGGCGGUGGUGGCUGUGCCUUACUGCUGUGCCGUGUUGGCUGUCAAAACAGCAUGGGUUCGAGCGGUGGGACCGAGUUGCAUGCAGUGUGCAAGCAGCUCGAAGAGGAAGGCUUUCUGUACUGGGAGGUGGACUUGGGUUGUCCUGGAGUCACGUUAGACUGACCUCUACUCAUCAAUCAAAGGGAAAUAACUUCAGGCCAGAGCAUCGUUUACAGUGCAGUGUCAAUCUAAAACCACUGUGCUUUCAAAACUUUCAAACGCAGCUUGUGCACAGAACACAACGCACAACACUGCGCGUGCACUAGUACUGCGUACCAUACGUGACGGUGCAGUUCAUGUAGUCCUCUGUGUAGCUUAAAUGUUUCUUGGAAUACUGAGUGAUGCUACGUGAGGGUGUAAGGGACCAAAAAUACUGCAGCGCAGAGAUUUAUUUCUCCGUCUCAAAGCAGGCCAGCCCUGAGGAUAGUGAUGCACAGAAUGUGCACAAAAAAAAUGAGGCACAACCUUCGCGGCCAUUGCCAUGCCUGCUUAUUCAGCACUGACCUGAUUCACGGUGUGCUCGUUCGUGCUUCACUUAACAAUGCCUGAGUGGGAGCCGAUUGGUAUGCUUCCACAGUUUAAAAAAAAGCAAUAAAAACACGGACAAGUUAGGACGCAGGAUUACUAAUCCGUACUGGUCAUUACUUGUCGGUGUUUUUGUUGCACUGUUUCCAACUAUGGAGACGGUUCCUGGUAUUGUCUUUUCUUGACUUUAACGUGCCGAAAACACCAAUUCAGCAGCUGCAUGACGUGACUUUGCUGUCGCUUUAUGACAAAGAAAUAUUCUCCGGUGAGGGCAACAGUCGGACGAGUACCCUAGCGCUAUAAGCCGAAAAUGCAUCAAAUGCAAGUUUGUUUAAUGAAGUGCAGGCAGUUCUGAAUUGCAGCAAAAUGGAGAGUCAGGCUAGUUGGCUGGUAUUCAUAGUGUAACAGCGCAUAGAUGAAUAACAAGGAAGAUCUGAACAACACGAGCACUGAAUACUCAUCAGUCCUAAAUACUCAUCACACACACUGCCCAAUCAUUCUAAUGUCACUUUCUGCCUAAUCACGAGUGCUCAUAACAAUCUCCCAUGCUUAACCGAACAUAAAAAUGACUGAACCUAAAGCUAAACACCACGCCACACUUCUGCACAUGUGACCUAACAGAAGCAAGUGCUAGCAUGUAGUGAGAACUAGUUUGCUAGAGUGGAAGCUUGGGCUAGUUGGCUCGUACUCAUAUUUGCAAGUUUUUUCAGUGCACAAACAUAAGAAAAAAGGGACAAGGGCCGUAUACAGAACCCUGUGCUGUUCCUUUUUUUUUUUUCCUAUGUUUGCGCGCUGAAAAAAUUUCUAACUAUGAGAAGUAGAGUGUACAUUUGUACAGAGUGGUAAGGGUGCAUUUCUACUGAUUCACCAUGCAUUUGGAAGUGGAUAAUUUUUAAACCAUUAUUGGAUGCACUAGCUUCAGACAAAAGCCUUUCAGAAGUUCCACGCAUUGUUUCAACGUGCCUUUUGACUUUGCCACCCUACGCCAGUUCAUUUAUGACAUGUGCAAAGGAUUGUAGGAUGCAUGCAGUAUGCACACGCAUACUGCAAUAUCAACCGUUUGUGAACCCUAUACUGUGCAUUUAUUUAAGGUGUUUUCAUAGUGAAUAAAUGAACUAUGCUUUAUUA